AUACAACACGGUGAUGGACACCGACGAUAAAGGCAUGGCUAUGCGGAAGCUCCGACAGGAAGGCCAGCUUAAAAGAAAAAGAAGUUAUAGAUGCUAAGCAGCUAGUCAUGCAGCUGGAUUUAAUAAUUGAGAGCUUACACCACUAAACCAGUGACUUUUCCAUAUGAGGUAAAAGGGGAAAAAAUGGGGCGGCGUUAACCACCGAAACCGACUGACCCACACGAGUGGAAACGUGGUGGGGUGUGUGCAGACUCGGAGUGCUCCGACCUGCUAACGUUACUAUAGGUGGAAAUCGGUGGUUUCAUUGAUCGGUCCGAGCCGGAAGGCAGAGAUAAAUCCACAAAAUGGACGACUCCAACGGCAGCAAGCCGCUUGUGGUGACAUCAUCUCUGAACUUCAAAGUCACCACUCCAUCUUUCUACAACCAGCCCAAGAAGUUUGCUUCUGUGGCUCCGCCAAGGCCCAAAAGUCAGACUCCUCCCUCGGCCCCAUCACCGACACCCGUAGGGACGGCUGUGAUUGGUCGUGUUGGAGACAUGCCUCCGCCGCCUUCGUCGCUCUCUGAUGACUUCCCUCCUCCUCCUCCUCCUCCAUUGGAUGACGAUCUGCCAGCCCCUCCCCCUGAAUGUAACAUCCCACCUCCUGCCUCCGAUGCCCCCGCUUUUCCUGCUCCGCCUCCGGUGGCCGAUGACCUCCCCCUCCCGGCUCCCCCUGAGGAGGCGGCCUGUCCACCCAGCUGUCCCUCUCCCCCUCCUCCCCCACCACCUCCACCUCUUCCUGCUUCCAGUUCAAGUUUUCCAAAUGCUGCUGGGAACUCACAGAGACAAAUGGAGAAACAGACGAACUUUGACAAGAAACUUGGUUCUCUGACUGAGAUGUUGGAAACUAGAGCAUCUUUCAGUCCCAAGACACCAAGUCAGUAUUCAUCUGCACCAGCAACCAAGCCUCCAGGUGCUCCUCCAACUGCUCCCAAACCAGCCCUCUCUUUCCUUCCACCUCCUGAGAUGGGGGACCGGCCCCCUCCUGCUCCCUGGGCGGAGGAACUCAAGGCCAGAACGAGCCCCGGCGCCCAGCCUUUCACCAAGCCGCCUGCCGUGGCUCCAAAGUUCGGAGGGAGGAUGACGACGUCGUCCUCUUCGCUGGCGCAAAAGAUCAACCAGAACCUGAACCAAGCAGCCACUCCAGUAAACAGCGCACCAAAACCUUCUCCUCCCACAGCCACCAUCUCCUUCCCACCACCACCAGCAGCUCCACCAGGACCUCCUGCUCCACCAAAUUACGCUACUGCUCCUGUAGCACCUAAUCACAUAAAGACUUCUCCCUUUGGGAGUCAGGGGAAUGCAAACCAAAACCUUCCUGCUGCUGUGCCUCCUCCUCAACCCAAGGCCAAGACAUCUCCACCAUCCUCCUUCAGCCAGCCAAUGAAAACAAGCCCUUCGUCAACGCCAUCACCUCCUGGCCCAGUUUCCAUUCCUGGCGGUGGCGUCCCACUAAACAUGAAGGAAGUGGAGGAGCUGGAGAGAAUGACCCAGGACUUCAUUAAAAACAUGGACAAACAAGCCCCCAUCAUCACCUCCCCUCCAACAGAGGUUUGUGGGAAGUGUGGCGAGGCUCUGUCCCGUACGCAGCCAGCGGUGAGGGCCAUGGACAAACUCUUCCACUCCAACUGCUUCUGUUGCAUGAGCUGCCAUCGCCCCCUGCAGGGCAUGCAGUUCUAUGACAGGGACGGCACGCCACAAUGUGAAGACUGUUAUGUGAAUUCCCUGGCCGUCUGCUCUCGGUGCGGGGAGAGAAUCACUGACCGUGUGCUGAAGGCUGUGGGACAGUGUUUCCAUGCCCACUGUUUCCGCUGCAGCACCUGCUCCUGCGUACUGGAGGGCGCACCAUUUAUCACUGACGACAACAACAAUCCCUACUGUGUGCAGGAUUACCACAGACGUUUCUCUCCUCUGUGUGUGAGCUGUAACGAACCCAUUAUUCCCGACCCCGGCAGCGAGGAAACGGUCAGAGUGGUGGCCCUCGAUAAAAACUUCCACCUCAAGUGUUACCGCUGUGAGGACUGCACUCGCCCUCUCUCCAUCGAGGCAGAUGAAAACGGCUGUUACCCGCUGGACGGCAAGAUCCUGUGCAUGAAGUGCCACACCAAGCGAGCCAAGCAGGCCGCGCAGUGAUUGGCUGCCGUCGCCUCUCUCAGUUAAACUAUGAACCAAAUCCAAAAGCACAGGAUUAAUUCAGCUGCCGAUUUGCCUUUGCAACAGGGCUUUGUUUAGUUUAUUGUGCGCAGGUGUGUUUGUCUGUGUGAGAAUGUAUUGCAUCGUUUCAAAAAGAAAAAAAAAAAAGUAUGUUUGCAUGCAGAUUCAGUGUAGUAUUCCUCUCGUCUUUGACCACUUUAUCCAGUACAGAGGUAAUGUUCUGCACUGAAUUAAAGCCCCUGUGUAUUAUUGCAAAUCUGCAAAGUCAUCCAUCUAGCUUUUUAUCAUGUGUAUACUACAGCAGAGUUUAAUGUGCCAAAUCAAUGUUUACGCUAAAAAUUACAGCAGAACUUGCACAAGAGCCAUCUGAUAAAUCUAAAGUUGCCUUUCUCUGUCUCUUUCCUAAAAAUUGUAAAUAAGACCAAGAACUGAAAUAUUUCCAUUUUAAGACCUUCGUCUGGUUUCUUUUCCCCUGACGCUUUUGGAUCCACAACUGAUUUGUUAGAGAUGCAUCGAUCUGAAAUAUGUGGCUGAUUUCCGAGCACUGAUUUUUGUAAAGCUUUGCUUUUCUCAGUUUUAUCAGAUUCUGAGUUCUUUUUUUUUUUUUAAGAACCAUAAAUAACAGCAUUCAAAAUAUUCUUUUCAAGCCUUCUCACUGCGAUUAGCCAUAGCUUGUGUAUAUUGGGAGCAGAGGCAAUGUCACCGUUUGUGAGAGAGCAGUUGCUGUUCAACAGGAUGUUAACUUAAUAUAGGAUAAUAAGAGUU